AUGGCAUCAGAUUCUAGUCCAGGCGUGGAGACUAUCAACACCCCCGGCCCGGGCACUCACUAUCUCCGCUCGGAACUCAAAGACUUGAACAUCAUCGGAGUCGAGGAACAUGUUGUUUUCCCUCACUUGACAGCCCGAAUCCCCGACACGGGCCUGGCGGAGCAUGCGAAACACAUCUUCAGCCAACUUGUCGGCCACGAGGCCAUGCAGUAUGCGCGUGGUCGUUCCACCGAAACCGGAGCCCAGCGACUUCAGGACAUGAACGAAGGCGGGAUAGCAAUGCAGAUACUCAGCCUAGCUGGGACCGUCAAUUGCAUGCAAAUGGAGCCGGAACCUGGACUUUCUCUGGCGCAGGACAUAAAUAACGAGUUGAAAAAGGCCUCCGAUGCAAACCCCGACCGAUUCAAAGCUCUUGCAGAUCUACCUUUUCAUGCGCCAAAGUUCGCAAUUGAUGAGCUUCCCCGCUGCGUGCAACAUUUAGGCUUUGUUGGAGCCAUUAUGGCUGGCUCGGUCGGUUGCACUGGCAAGUUCCUCGACGAUCCUGAAUUCGACGAUCUUUUAUCGGAAUUCGAAACACUCGACGUGCCUCUUUAUCUUCAUCCUGGAAUUGCCCCACCUGCGGUCAUUGAUAAUACACGUUCCCGGAAAGCCCAAAUUAUCAGCGACGUUGGCGGGGAUGGGGUGGGGCUGGCAUAA